UGCUCGCAGAAUAGUAGUACAAUAUAGGUGUUUUCUGCUGCUUAAUAACUACGCACGAACGUGAACGAAUCCACCAGUUUAAAAUCUCUACCUGCGUGAGAUCCACAUGAUGAGAAAAUUAUAUUAUGAAUAAAAAUGGAUCAUUUAUAAUAUCCGAAGUUUUAAUUAACUAUAUAGUAAGUCGAAGUAUUCUUUGAAGACGAAUCGGAAUGCUUCCGAAGGAGACCUCCCGGUCAUACCACGAAUUCAACGACGAGGAAGAACUUCAAACCCCAGACUUCUACCAAGACAAUGACAGUGCCAACGGUGGCCUGGAGGAGCCAGAAGAAUCCAUUGCCAGUGUUCUACCAGAGGAGGACAUAGUGAACAGCAAUCCAUUUACACUAUUCAACAAGGCCUGUCUGAAGAACGUGUUCACUGUCCUGCUGCUGUUCAUCUACCUGGUGUUGACUGCUGUGGCUGUGUUCCUGGCCUAUCAAACCAUCACCGACUUCAUGGAGAAGCUCAGUCACCCCGUCAUGUCUGUCACAUACAAGGAGGUGGAUGUCUUCUCUCCCCCAGGCAUCGCCCUGUACCCCGGUACGGCUCAGCUGCUGAGCUGUAAGCACUACUACCACGCCCAUAUCCCCCCGCUGGUCACCCCAGGGAAGCCCCAGCCAGGAGACUGUGUCAUGGAGGAAGUGACCUACACUGGCCCCUACACCAACCAUACUCAAGCCCUGGUGGUCAGCGGUCCCAACGAUGUCAGAAGGAGAUUGAUCUUCCUGCAGUUCAGUAGAAACGAGACAGAAGAGGAUUUUAGUGCCAUCACAUACAUGCUCUCUCGACAAUACAACGACUGUCCAGAAGGUAAAGCCCACGUGAAUAAAUCAGGGUUCAUGCAGGACUGUGAGAGAAACUACUCCAUGGUGACGUUCUCUGGAGGCUUCAGGACCUGGGUCAAGAUGUCACUGGUCAAGACCUCUGGGAAGAAAAACGAGUCCAUGGAGUUCCGGCAAGAGUCUAGUGUGGUCAAAUAUAAUGACAAGAGGCCUGUAUCCGAGCAAAAAGCCAUUCAGCUCUUCUUUGUUGUGUUUGAAUGGAGGGAUCCCUUUGUACAAGAAGUCAGAGAUAUUGUGACAGCCAACCCGUGGAAUACCGUAGCCAUCCUGUGCGGUGUGUUCAUGGCUCUGUUCAAGGCUGCUAACUUUGCCAGUUUUAGUGUGAAAUGGGUCAUCAAGAUUCGUAAGAGGCAUCUGAGGAACAGAAACAGGGAACUGACCGCGUCGUCUCAGAGAUACGUAGUAACUAAUACGGAUAUUAAUAGAUUAGAAGAAUAACUUUCAAUUUUUUUUCCCGUGAAUGAACUUCUUUCAACCAAUCAAUGAGGCACUUGCUUUGAACUGCAAAUAUUGCCCUAGGUUAUGGGCAGCGGUUUUGAAAAAUGUUGUUUUGGGAUCAUCACAUUUUGUAUGUUUAAAUAUUGAAGAGAUUGUAACGUAUAUGAUUUUAGACAACUCAACUCAAAGGUCAAAUUCACAAUGAUUUUUGUUUCUUUAUACAUAAGUCAUAUGUAGCAUUCCAAAAUGUGACUGGGAAAUAGGAUUGUGAAAUGUAUUUAUGAAUGUUAUGAAACUUGUUUAUACCACCAACAACUGACAGGAACUACUGACAUGUAAGGCAAAAGGGAACUUCCUCCGUUUACCUUUCAUAACAUUCUUAAAUCUGAGUUUCAAUUGAGCAGUGAGAUGUUUUAAAACGUGACUUUUUAAAAUAUUUUUAGAAUAACUUAAAUUCUUAAGUAUCUUAUCGCCUCUAAAUUACUGGAUGUUUUAUGUAUAUACUGUAUAUAAAACAAAUGUAAAGGGAACAGUGAGUAAUGCUUACCAAAUGUAAAGGGAACAG